UUUUUCAACGCACAGGUUCCGGCUGCGAGGAUAUAACAAGCAGCUGGCGCAGUUUGGGUCUCUGACACGGCGGGAAAUCCAGAGACCUAGGAAAACAGUGUGGCUGUCGUCGUCUUUUCCUCCUUUUUCUCCCUACCCCCCCGUUGUUCCCGAGAUGGUACCGUCCACGGCAGGGCGCCUGCGUGUCAAGUCACGGGCGGAGCCUGUCUGCGUGUGACUCAGGCGAGGAGGAACGGCGUCGGCUGCCAUUUUGAGGGGAUUCGGAGCUGACGGCUGGUCCUGUUUUCGCCUCUUCCCGCGUCAUUCGGCCCGUGAGAUUCCUCCGCGCUAUCCGUCGCUUGAGAGGGGACCGGCGGGGGGGACUUCGGUCGCUCUCUUGCCUUUUGCCCUUUUCUUAGUAGGAGCCUGUAGUUCAGGGACGUCCCGGCCCGGCCUCGCUUCGCCGCCGCUGCCACCGCCUCCUCCUCCUCCUCUCGUCCUUCCUGUUCCUCCUCCUCCUUCCUCCGCCGCCACCAUUUGCCCUCCCCCGGCGGCUCCGGGGCGCCGAGCUUAGGCUAUGGGGACCAGGCUGCUGGGGCUGAGCAGCGGCAGAGCGGGCGGCCCGGUCGUCGUGAACAGCGCAGCGGGGAUGGGGGAGCUCGGCGGCUUCUUGGUGGCUUUAUCUUGACAUGGCUCCUGCCCGUGCUGCUAGCAGCGCCGCCGCCACCGCCUCCACUGCUCCGCCCGCGCCCGCCGGCUGCGGGUAGCGAGCCGGUCCACCCCGUGGUCUCCGGGUCCGGUCCGGUCUUUCUUGUUGCCCGAGCCUCUCGGCUGGGGCUCAAAAAAGAGGGGGAAGGGAAACGCCUUAUUUUGUUUUUUUAUGAGCGAAGGUUGAAGUGUGUGGGGAAGGAAGGGGGGUCUUUUUGGAAACCACAACUAAACCUGACCCAGACAACUGCGAGCAGGGAAGGGUGGGUUAAUCUCCCUCCCUCUCUUUAAUUUUUUGAACUCCAGUGUUUGUCCGCAAACACAUUUCUCCCCCCCUCCCUUUUCCAUUCGUUGUUGUUUACAACGCGGAAAACCUAUCGGUGGGAACCCAUGUUUUGCCAUUGAGACCUCUUGGCGUGUCCUUUUUUUUUUCUCCCCUUCCUCCCCCCUCCCCCCCUUUCUCUCUUUUUGUUGACGAGCCCGAGUCGAUCGAUGCCUAGAAGAGAGGCCAUGAGGGCAAGUGUGGAUUCUGGGCCGUAGACUUGAGUGCCUCUCCCGCCCCCACGGCGCUGAGCCCGGCCCGCCCUGCCCUGCCCGCUCCCCUCUCGAGCAAAAAAGGGCAGAAGCAGCCCGCCAGAAGGCCGGUCGCGCCAGCCAUGCCCAGCCCCAAUUAAAACCGCGCUCCUUGCGGUGUCAAGCGGCAGAGGGAGGAGGAUUUUCCUCGCUCUAUCCGUGGAUAGACGGAGGGAAGGAACACUUGUUUGGGGAUAGCGGUCUGUCUCCCGUCCCGGGGGGUGGGGAGAGAGCUAAAUUGAAAGAUCGCCUUGGGAUCCAAAGCAUUCUGGAUCCUAAGAGAGUGCCCCUUAGCUUCCUUUCUCGCCCUUUUAUUAAUGGCCAUCAUGAUCCCUCUCCUUUCUAACAGACGUAGCCUCAGGGCGGCCAUGUGCCUGAUGAUGAGCAGGAUGAAGUUAGAAAUGACUCUGCUGUUUUCCAAACUCCUUGCUCCUCUGCAAACCAGCACCUUGUUGUCUGUGGUUGAUUUUGUUGUUGGUAGGGAAACGACUUACCUCCCAGGACGUCCACUCCUGUUCUGCAAUCCCUUCUUUGCUUUCUACCAAGUCUAAUAAUUCUCUUUAAAAAAAUUAAGCCAGUCAGCAUAGCAAUAGCAGAAAUCUUGAUAAUAAUCAGCAGAGUCAUGAAUCUGGGUGGAUUAGAACACUGUUUUUAAUUUCAGUUUUUGUUUGGAUUUGGGGGUUUGAGGGAAGGAAACAACGCCCAAAUGGAUUGGGUCCAUGCCCACUGUUGCUUUUUUUUAUGCACACAAAUUGUGAUAAGAUUUUUUGUCCAUUCUUGCCCAUUUAUUCCUGUGGUUUAAACUGUGUAUAUCAGUGUAUUUUCUUCAAAUUUCUUUGGGCUUUAAUAAUACUGCACAAACUUUGUCCAAUGAUGGUUGGACUACUUAUUUUGUUUUAUGACCCCUCUAAUAAGACAGUCUUGUAAAACAAUUGCCUGAGGUGCAUUUUAGGGUUAUGCCUGUGUUUUACUGAUUCAGUGGCAUGACCAGGAAUAAAAUGACUUGUUUCUGUUGUACUUGAGUCUUAUGAAAAAAGGGCCCAUAGUUAGUGACAGUUUCUAAAGGCUUUAGUACCAUCUGUAUUACAAAAUGGGGGACCCAAACUCCCGGAAGAAACAAGCUCUGAACAGACUUCGUGCUCAGCUUAAAAAGAAAAAAGAAUCUCUAGCUGACCAGUUUGAUUUCAAGAUGUAUAUUGCCUUUGUAUUCAAAGACAAGAGGAAAAAGUCAGCACUCUUUGAAGUGUCUGAAGUGAUACCAGUCAUGACAAAUAAUUAUGAAGAAAAUAUCCUGAAAGGUGUGCGGGAUUCCAGCUAUUCCUUGGAAAGUUCCAUAGAGCUUCUACAAAAGGAUGUGGUACAGCUGCAUGCACCCCGCUAUCAGUCUAUGCGCAGGGAUGUGAUUGGCUGUACACAAGAGAUGGACUUUAUACUUUGGCCUCGGAACGAUAUUGAGAAGAUAGUCUGUCUUCUGUUUUCUAGGUGGAAGGGAUCCGAUGAUGAGCCCUUUAGGCCUGUUCAGGCCAGGUUUGAAUUUCAUCAUGGUGACUAUGAAAAACAGUUUCUGCAUGUACUGAGCCGAAAGGACAAGACUGGAAUUGUUAUCAACAACCCUAACCAGUCAGUGUUUCUCUUCAUUGACAGACAGCACUUGCAGACUCCAAAAAACAAAGCUACAAUCUUCAAGUUAUGCAGCAUCUGCCUGUAUCUGCCACAGGAGCAGCUCACCCACUGGGCGGUUGGUACCGUAGAGGAGCACCUCCGUCCUUACAUGCCAGAAUAGGGUACUGGCCAGCAAAAUGGGGAAGAUCACAGAAUGCAGGAGUGUGUUUUUUCACUUUUCUCGCCAUUUAUUCUUUCGGAAUAGAAGAAAAUGGACAUAUGUUCAGAACACUAUCCAUCGUGGAACUUGAUCAUCCUGGAUUAUUUUUUUUUAAAUCAUUUGUAUCUCAGAACUUAAAUUUUUUUAGAUGUUUUCUGCAUGGACCUUGUGAAAGAGAAUGCUCUGCAUAUUUCUGCAUUGCAUGAGCAUCCUACCAAAAUGUGAAAUGAAGGGACUGAUACACACUGAAAGAAAUGUAUCUGAGAGCACAAAGUGAUCAUUUUAUGGUGGUGUUCCCAUUUGUGCUGGUCAUGUCCCCCAAUAUCAGAUUGCAUAGGGUGAGAAGUGAAUGUAAUGGUCUAAGAGCCUUAUAAGCUUUGCUGUUCACAUGAUUGUAUCACAGCUGUGUCAGAUUCAUUCUGAUAAAUAGGUUUAUGGCUUGUUACAGUGGAUGGAUAACCAUGGGAAAGAAAUCUUUUAAGGAAAAAAAAAGCAUCUCAUUUGGUGUAGGCAUUAUUUGCCUCUCUUAUUUUGCUUGGCCAUGUUUGAGUUUACUGGCAUUCUCAUGUUUGGAUCUCUUUCCCCAGUUUGCUGUAUAAUUAAAUAGAGUGUUCUGUUGAGUUGAAUACAUUUUUACAGACCUGGAGUCUGGAGAAGCCUAAAGCAGCAAAAUUGAAAAUAACAGCUGCAGAAACAUGUUGGCAGAGGAUUAUUUCUUUCUGAGAGUUGACUUGUAAACUUGCUGGUGAACUGUGUAGGAAAUGCUGGUUUCUAAAACAUUUCUUACGGGAAAACCCUCUGAGGUUCUGUUUUGGGGAGGGGGGAGGAAUAACAUUUCUAAAGCAGUUGUGGAUUUAAUUGUAAAAUAUUGUUUGGAGUGUCAAAGUUGGUUUUGACAGAACAUAUUUUGUUUAAGAUUGUGCAAUGAGUAUAAGGAAGACUACUGUAUAGUUUUGGCAAAGAAUGUUUUGCCUGAGGGUUGAGUGAUUUUACUGAAGCAAAUCUGUAUAAGCCUACUCCCUUGGGUAAAUCUAGUGCUUAUCUGUUUAAAAUUUGUAUUUAGCUUUGGUUUGGAAUUGGAAAAAAAUGGAAAUAAACAAAUUUAGUUGAACAAUGA